ACGAGUGUUAUUACCAAAAUGAGUUUACAAUUAUUAUUAAUAUGGAGUCAAGAAAGCUGAACAUUCAAGAAAAAGAACAAAACGAUCGGAUUAAAAUUUUCAUGACAUUGCUCUGCGUGAAGAUAAAGUGGAUACAAUACAAUUUUACACCAAUUGUUUAUAACGAGAAAAUUUACUGCAUGAAGUGAAAAUUAAAAGAUAUCUGGAGUGUAAAAACCUAAAUAAUCAAAGAUAGCCAUGUCGGACUUAAUUUUAAUAAUAUUGCUCUGCUCGUUCUUGGCCAUCGGUCAUUGUCAGUACAUGGAAUCGCCAAAUAUGUCAUGUGAAAUUCCUAAGACUUCCAGAAAAUCAAGAUGCGGAACGAGUGACCCAUGCUGGUGUUACUAUUCAUCUAUAUUAACUGUAGAUUGUUCUGGCUCGAAUCUUGAAAAAGUUCCGCACGGAUUACCAACAGAGACUGUUAUAUUAAUUUUGCAGAACAAUUCAAUAAAUACCACUGAGAAGGGCUCGUUCGCUCGUUUCACCAAUCUAACUUGCUUAGAUUUAUCAUCGAACAAGAUUGGGACAAUAAAGACUGGUUCCUUUAUGAACAGUUUGUUUCUACGAACACUCCUUUUAAGUGAAAACAAUAUCACGUAUUUUGGCAAAGGCGUUCUUUCAACCCACAAUUACUUAGAAACACUGGAUGUUAGAAGGAAUUUAAGGAAAGCUAAAACGAGUUAUCCAUGUAAAAUCCAACAAGAGACACAAAAGGCUACAAAUCUACAAGAGUUGUCAAUAGAUGGAUCUCCAUGUACCGCGAACCUCAGCUUUUCACACCUUACAUCGCUUAUUCUUGGAGGAGACGAAACAUUGUGUGAUAUAAACACUAUUCUAUCAAGUAUGUUCACUCAGCUACCAAGUCUCCGCAAACUGCAGCUACGCAAUUGUCAAAUCCAAAGGGUCGAGAAUGGUAGUUUCUCUAAUCUGAAAAAUUUACGCUUUCUUGAUUUGUCCUCAAACCCUUAUCUUACGUUUUCAGCGAUGCCAAAUUUCACAUUUGGAUUGAUUCCCACCAACAUAAGUUUUCUGAAUAUCUCAAACUUGCACACAACCUUUGGUGACUGCACCAUAUUAACGGCAUCAGAUCUUGAAUACCUUUCAAAAACAAGCAUCGAACAUUUGUACCUCGAUUCCAAUCGAAUCAACAACAUGGAAAUAGAGGCAGUUCGGUUUAUUCCAAAGCAGUUGAAGACGUUAUCGGUGGUUGACAACAAAUUAGCUCUGGGACAUUACGUGGUUCAGAUUUUCGCCAAUAUUGUUACUAAAGAACUAUUUUCUGAUUUGGAAACAAUUUGGUUUUCGCAUCAGCACAAAGACCAUCGAUUUAGACAUUUUUAUUUAGUGAACGACGUGUUUCAACGUAAACUGUCCCACAAUGCAAACAUCACAAAUAGGGCAAUGUUAUAUUCGGACCCAAAGCGAUCUUCAAGAACACGAUAUUUGCGCUCGAUGACGGAUAACAAUGCUAGAAAACUGAAGAAUGAAUCCUUUAAAGACGACCUAUUGGACGAUUUUACUUCAUCUAUUGAUUUCCAGAUCAGGAAUGGUCUAUGCGAUAAUUGUCUAAAUGUUUCAAAUUCAAUCCCAAGGUUUCCUCUUCCGGCGGCCGUGCGACAUGUGGAUGCAAAAGAUCUUAAAGUACGUACUACAAUACGCAGCUCCUGUUUUUGUCAGCCAAAUAAUAUCCAGACCGUUAAUCUUUCUACCAACGUUUUACAUACUUGGAACGGACCAAUACUAGGUCUAGAUAAACUGAAAGAAUUGCAUUUGGACGAUAACUCUUGUUCUGAAAUUGCCCAAAAUGCAUUUCACAACAUGGCCAAUCUAGAAAUUCUGAACAUGGCUCAGAAUUAUUUGGGGUAUGUUUUUAAAAAUGACAAUGAGGGUAUCUUAUUAAGUAGGCUUAAAAAAUUAAAGUACUUGGAUCUUUCUUCAAACAAGAUCAAACAACUUCCAAAGGGAGUGUUUAUUGGACUUGUGGGUCUUCAACAGUUGCUUUUGCGAGACAACAUUCUCGAAAGCGUCUCAUUUGAAGCCAACCAUAUGCAACAUCUUAAAUUUAUUGACCUAACUUUGAAUAUGAUCAAAACAAUAAGUCCUGACACCCUUACGCUUUUUACAAAAGUGAUUGUCGGUAACAAUUUUUCUAUUGCAUUGAAAAAGAACAACUUCUGUUGUACUUGCAAAUAUGUUUAUUUGGUAAAAUGGUUCUCUGAGACCAAGGUCACAGCUUUUCAGGAACUGAACCAGUACAAAUGCACAUUCGAUAAUGGGUCGAAAGGAUAUCUUUCUAAUGCACACCAAAUAUACAAAACACUAAACAAACAAUGUGCCAAUUACCUGCCCUUGAUUGUCUCCACGAGUAUUUCGCUCUUCAUCAUACUCGUCAUCAUUACAUGCAGCUUCGUUUACAGAUAUAGAUGGGACUUACGGUACAUGUACUAUUCGGCAAAAUACCGUUUCAAGGGCUAUGUUCCAGUUAACCAUGAAUACGGUGACUACGAGUUUGACGCAUUUGUGUCCUAUGCCGAGAAAGAUGCCGUCUUUGUUCGCCAGAGGCUUGUUCCCGAGUUAGAAUCAAUUCGGAGCUUACGUCUGUCGGUCCACGACAGGGAUUUUUUGGCCGGAAAUAUGAUAAAUGAAAAUAUUAUCCACGCAAUAACCAGUAGCCGAAAAACCCUCAUUAUCAUGUCACCAAACUUUCUGGCCAGCAGUUGGUGCGUGUACGAAAUGAAUAUGGCUCGCAUGGAAACCAUUAAAACCGGAAGGGACGUUUUGUGCGUGGUACUCAAAGAGAAUGUGCAAACGAAUGGACUUCCCUUGGAAAUUUUGGACGUGUUCCGCGAAAGGACCUACUUGGAACUACCAGUCGAAGGAGGUGACCUGGAGGAUCAAUUUUGGGACAGGCUAGCAGACGCUGUUUGUCAAUAGUUGUAUUUUGAUUAUUAUUGUUGUGUAUACAAUAUAUAAUUAGCAAUAUUCCUAACGCGCCAUCUGUUGAUACUUGUUGGUGGAAGCUGGCAAGGUUGUUGACAUAUAUGUGGGCGGUGAAGCAUGAAUGAAGGUUAUCCUAGUAAAGUGUUUUCAAUCAAAACAAGAAAAAAAGUGAUGCAUAGCAUCAAGUCGGUGCGAUAACAAUAAAAGAACAAAAAAACAUGCAUGUCGAUCACCAAAAAGUUGUUAUUUACUUCAAUGAUAAAAUGUUAAUUAAACAUCUGUAAAACAUCAUUGUAGAUCAUACUGCAACAAUCGUAUCUGUUUUCGGGAAUACACUUUACUGUUAUGAGUAAAUUGAACGGGGAUACAAAAAAGACAUUGUUUGGAAAUAUUCUGGAAUUCCCUUGGAAAUUUUGGACGUGUUCCGCGAAAGGACCUACUUGGAACUUCCGGUCGAAGGAGGUGACUUGGAGGAUCAAUUUUGGGACAGGCUAGCAGACGCUGUUUGUCAAUAGUCGUCUUAUGAUUAUUAUUGUUGUGUAUACAAUCUAUAAUUAGCAAUAUUCCUAACGCAUCAUAUAUUGAUACUUGUUGGUGGACGCUAAGGUUGUUGACAUAUCAAUGUGUGGGCAGUGAAGCAUGAAUGAAGGUUAUCCUCGUAGAGUGUUUUCAAUCAAAACAAGAAAAAGUGAUGCAUAGCAUCAAGUCGGCGCGAUAACAAUAGAAGAAAAACAUGCAUGUAGAACACCAAAAAGUUGUUAUUUACCUCAAUGAUAAAAUGUUAAGUAUACAUUUGAUCGAAAGACAUCAUUGUUGAUCAUACUGUAACAAUUGUAUUUGUUUUUGUGAACACACUUGUAAUCUUUUGAAUGGCAUUUGCAAAACAAACAAUUAAGCUGAAUGUUAGUUUUUCAAAACGCCUUUUGUCGCUGCUCGCAAAGGGAAGUUACUGCGUAGGAGAUUGCAAAACAUAAAGGAAAUUGUUAUACUACUGUGUAACCGUCAUUUAUUCGAGGACACGUUGGUAUUUAAAAUCAUUUAAAAAAAAAAUAAAAAGCAAUAUUCUGGGGCGUUAUAAUUUAAGACUUCGUUAUCAAUAAAAGAAAACAUUUUUUUAAACACAAUGUACCUCACAUUUUACAGUACAACGAGGAAAAUAUAAAAAACCCACAUUAUUCUUCAAUUCAUGACCUGGUCCCUUAGUUUAAGUUACAUUUUGGACAAUAUCAAAUAUAGUCGGCGCCUUCUGAGGCUUAUGAUAAUAAAGACUAAUGGAGAAAAUUGCACAUUUCAAAUUUCUUUGUAUUUAUUUUGAGAUAUAGACUCCGCUAAUAGAUAGUUAUGGUAACCUACUUGAUACCUCGUGCAAGGUUUAUAAGUAUAAUAUUCAAAUGCUUUACUGAAUUAUCGUGAGAACAUGGAUUAAAGAACGAAAAAUAUAAACGGAAUGAACCGAUUUUCAAUGACUUGUUUUAAAAAACAACAGCAGCAGCAACAACAAAGAAAUAACAACCAGAACAGAACAGUAAUAUGGUAUAUGUACUGUGUUCUUGAUGUAACAGUCUAUAAUUAACAUUAUGCAUUAUAUUUGCUGUAUAUUCAUAGUAAUAACAUGUUUGUGUUAUUCCUGUGGUUUCUCUUUAUGAAGUUAAUCGAAUUAAAAUGUUAUAUGUAUAUACAUA